AUGGAGCGAGGGACAACGCCACCUCCGUCUACAACGGCACCUGUCGCCUCGCCACCGACGCCCGAAGUUACCAGACGAAUCGAAGAGAAUCGAUUGCGUGCCAAAGCCAUCCGAGACCAACGUGAAGCCGAGCAACGUGCUGCUGGCAAGACUUCCAACACCCCCAAGUCUGCGGCUGGAUUUGUUCCCACUGAACAUGUUCACGUCUCCAAGCCAGUAAAUGGAAAGCGCUUGUACAGUGAAAUCUCUUCGCAAGCUUCGUCUGCGAUGGCGUCGGGGACCAACCGCGAUGGCCGUAACAAAGGCGACGAAGAGGCUUUGCGCCCAGCCCGCAAAUUUACCAAGUUUGUCGAUUACAAUAUGAGCUCCAUGACCGAUACAAAGGGUGGUUUCUUGACAACAGAAGAUGACCCUCAUAACUACGCCUUGGGCGCAAAAAAACCGGGACAGGAAGAUGAGCAACGACCAAAGGACAUGACUGUCCAGGAGUGGGAGCGCAUGCAACUAAUCCGGAAGCUUCAACGACAAAAGGCGGGCCCAUUCGAGCCUGGAAUCAGUGUUUUAGACGAUGAAGAGAAAAGGAAGAAGUGUAGAGAGUGCAAGAGCCUGGAGAUCGAUUUUGUCUGGGAGGAGGUCUUUCAUAUUUGCGUUUGCAACAAGUGCAAGGAAAAGUACCCCGAGAAGUACUCACUCCUGACCAAGACGGAGUGCAAGGAGGACUAUUUAUUAACCGACCCCGAACUGCGAGACCCAGAGCUCUUGCCCCAUCUUUCGAAGCCGAACCCGCAUAAAUCUCAUUGGCAUGACAUGAUGCUGUUCCUGCGAUUCCAAGUUGAGGAGUAUGCGGUCAACACGAAAUGGGGAUCUGCAGAAAAGCUGGAUGCAGAGUAUGAGAGGCGAGAAGCACAAAAGAAGGCGCGGAAAGAGGCCAAGUUUAAAGAGAAACUGAUGGAUUUGAAGCGCAAGACUCGAACAGACGCCUUCCGACGACAGGCUGGUACGCUAGGCAAGUCGGGCGCAAACAAAUUCGGAGAUUCCAUACGAGAUACGAAGCAUGUCCAUCAAUGGGGCCGCACUGUAGAGAAUGAGGAGGGCAUGACGAUAAAGACAUGUGUUGAUUGUGGCAUGGAAGUUGAAGAGCUGGAAUUGUAA